AUGUCACGUCUCAAGCAGUCCAAUGCGCCUGUGUCAAUGCAGGACCCGCCGGUUAAGAGCGGCCGUGUGAUUCCCUUCACAUUGAUUUGCAAUCAGGUCGAACAGCUGACACUGGACAUCACAUUCGCACUGUAUUUGCUUGUCUGGCAACUUUAUCGCUUCCGUCGACUCUUAGUCAAACGAUUCGCCUGCAAAACGUGCGCUAGGGUCGAGUCGCCAUUUGUGCCUCUGAAUGGUCCACAUUUCUCUGCUCAUCAUGAGGUGAAUGCCAUCCCUUCUACAAGUUUAGUGGGAGGCUCUUCGCCCGGGAAGGCAAUUUCAGAUCAACUUGGGCACAGCCCUUUCGGGGCAUUGCCUUCAUCACCUAUGCGCGUUGCAAGUCCAACUGAAGCGACAGGAGAUUCUGGCUCGAAGUCAUCCGUGGCAGCCUCACCGAUUCUGGUAAAGUCGCUGCCGGGCGUACCUCGUCGAUCGGUUAUGAGCACCAAGACUCUACAAGUGGAGGGACAUAUGCACUACGUGCAGUUGGCUGUGCCGCUGUUCAGUAAAAUCGUGAUCAAAGAUCUUCAGGGGUGCUAUCUUCAACUAGCGAACGAGGUCACAGUACAAUCUCGCAUGGAAGGAACACCGGGGAAGAUCACUUUGGGACAAGGCUUCAUCCUGCCUGGUUGGUACAGGUACAAGUAUUUGAUAACCUUCGCAGAGCUGACAGAGUCGUUCGCAGCAAUUGAUAGCGACAUCAUUGGUAUGAAAAUUGGAGGAUUCGGAGAUCGCGAACACGACGCCAUCCCACGCAAUAGUACUCUCUUCUUUCAAUGCAAGCUACUUAGCAUUCGCCAGUCGUAUACGGAUACAGGCUUAAUACCACUUUGA